CAAAUGCUCAUAUGCGGCGUCAAGUUAGGCAACCAUAUCCUCUCAAAGCGACACUGCUUUAUAAUUCUUCAACGGGAUUUUCAUCUUCAACAUAAAAAGAAAACGUGCGAGUGUGAGGCUGUACGCGCCUCUAUGGCUGCGACGUCCGAGUCCUCCGCUUCCGACCUGAAACUCGAUCUCAUACAAACGGCUGUCUAUCAGAAAAAUGGUAACAUUUUUUUCUGUACAACUGUCCAAAAAGCAAAAGCAUCUGAAAAGAAAAAACUUGAUUCUGCUAAAGGCAAGCUAGAAAAGCUGAGUACUGUUUGAUCACAAUUUGUUUCAUCGCUUGAAAAUUCAACUGAUGUCUUGCUGGUGAAAAUGCUAUUCAGUAGUAUCAAUGUCAGUGAUUAGAACUCUUUCGCUGCCACAUACCAUUCAAAUGCAUCAAUGUCUCUAAAUUCUAGCAACUUGUGGUGGAUGAUGGUUAUCCUUUCAGUUUAAAAUCUUUAAUCGCCAUGGUGGUACCAAUAUGCACUUUAUGCCUUGGAAACAUUUUGUAUUCAAUCUUUAACUAUGGUCUAAUUUUCUGGCCAACUUUGCUGUUUGCUUCCCCCUUUAUUGAAUUUAUUAUACUGUUAUAUCGGUUGUUUGUGGGUUGCUAGCUAGCUCUUUACCCUUGGGAUUUUGGCAUUAGACUGCCAUUUUUGGUUCCAUAUUCCAUGUGAAUCUUGUGUUUUAAAAGGUUGUUUUUGAGCAACAAUUUUUUCUCUCAA